UUCUGUCCAGCAGGGCAUGGAAGGAGGAGGUGUUCCUGGUAGCCAUCUUGGAUGUGCGGGCUGAUUGUUUGCGAGAAGAAUUGACAGUUUUGGGAGAAAUAGUCUUUUCACUUCACCGUCGAAGAUUAACCAGAGUGGGAAGACCGAGGGGAAAAUUGCACCCGGGACACAUACAGUGAAAGAAGGUAUGAAGACAUCAUCUUAGUCAUCAUCUUAGUCAUCAGUGGCUGGCAUGGCCGAUAAAAGGAAACUACAAGGUGAAAUAGAUCGAUGUCUGAAGAAAGUAGCGGAAGGAGUGGAGCAAUUUGAAGACAUUUGGCAGAAGCUUCACAAUGCAGCCAACGCCAACCAGAAGGAAAAGUAUGAAGCCGACCUCAAGAAGGAGAUUAAAAAGCUGCAGCGUCUUAGAGACCAGAUCAAGACGUGGGUGGCGUCCAACGAGAUCAAAGACAAACGGCAGCUGGUGGAGAACCGCAAACUCAUAGAAACUCAAAUGGAGCGUUUCAAGAUUGUGGAAAGAGAGACGAAGACCAAAGCGUACUCCAAAGAGGGUCUAGGUCUGGCACAGAAGGUGGACCCGGCCCAGCGGGAGAAGGAGGAGGUCGGCAUGUGGUUAACGAACACGAUAGACACGCUGAACAUGCAGGUGGACCAAUUUGAGAGCGAGGUGGAGUCUCUGUCUGUCCAGACGAAAAAAAAGAAAGGAGACAAGGAGAAGCAAGACCGUAUCGAGGAGUUGAAGAAGUUCAUUGAGAAGCAUCGGCACCAUAUUCGCAUGCUGGAGACCAUACUGAGGAUGCUGGACAACGACUCUGUGGAGGUGGAUGCCAUCAGGAAGAUCAAGGAUGACGUGGAGUACUAUCUAGACUCGUCACAGGAGCCAGACUUUGAGGAGAACGAGUUUCUGUACGACGAUCUUGACCUGGAGGACAUUCCACCGUCACUGGUCGCUACCUCCCCACCGGGAAAUUCUCAGUUGGAGGACGAGCUCUUUCAGCACUCCAGCAGCACGCCCACCUCCACCACCUCGUCCUCGCCCAUCCCCCCCUCGCCCGCCACUUGCACCACGGAGAACUCGGAAGACGACAAGAAGCGAGGGCGCUCAACAGACAGUGAAGUUGGUCAGUCUCCCGUGAAGAACGGCAACCCCUCUUCGUCGUCAUCCUCUUCAUCGUCGUCAUGCUCCUCUUCCUCUUCGUCAUCUGUCUCGGCACUGAUGUCUUCUUCGUUGGUCUCCAUGGCGGCGAUGGCUACUGGGGGAAGCGGUUCAGGGGGGCUCCUCUCCAACAUGUCGGCCGGCAGCUACAGCAACGCCACCCAGCAGCUGUCCCAGGCUGCGCAUCAGCAACAGUCCAAAACUUGUGUUAGCUCCUCUUCCUUAGUGCCCGCUACCAAUCCUGGCAGCUCAAUCAAUAGCUACCCUGCCCCCUCUGCCUUGUCUCCUCCCAACAACAGCACACUGGGGUUCUUCACAUCCAACUCUCAGCUUCCGGUACCUUCGCGGCCCACACCCACUUCUAACAGCCUCGGACUGGGCCUGGGUAUGUCACUAGGGAAAGGCAGCAUGUCCGGUUCUACCAGCCCGAUGUCUGCGGGUCUCGGCCUGUCAGGGAUGCCGGCGUCCCUAAGCAGUAUGGCUAGCCUACUGUCCAACUCCACCCCGGCACCCUACGCUCAGGCAGCCGUAUCGGGCGCAGUGGGCUCCAACCUACUCAGCUCUUUGGGCGGCAUCAGCACACCAAGCACCAGCGGAUUAGAGAGUUCUGUUGGCGCCGGAAGCAUGACAGUCGGCGGGCCGACAUCCUCCACAAGUGGUCUACUGGGUUCGAUGUCAAGCUCAGGGAUUCUGGGUUUGGUUACCAGCCAUUCAGCGGUUCAAGGGUCCGCGUUGGCAGCACAGAACACGGCAAGUUUAACACCAGUAGGCGGCGUGGGUGUGAUCGGGAGUAACGGGGGCAGCGCCGGACUCUCUGUCAGACCGCCCAGCAGACAGAAGCAGAACGGAUCCAGCAGUUACAGUGCUGUGGUAGCAGACAGUGCAACGGACUCCUCACCCGUCAGUGCCAGCCAAUCACAAAGCUGCCAAUCUCUUUCUUUGACCUCAACAGCAAACCAGCUGAAGGACACUGGCCCCUGUUUACUGGGCUCCUUGACGUUGUCUUCCAGCUCGCUGUCUCCGGCUUCCUACAGCGAGGCCAAGAUGGUGACCAGCCUUGGCGGUCUGCUCAACGGACCGCUGUCCUACUCGACAUCCUCUGACAGCAUCAAGCCCCAGGAGCCUCUCAGCAGUCUGAAGUCCAUGGCCGAGCGAGCAGCCCUCAGCUCAGGGAUGGACGGAGACAUGCCCCCUCUGCACCUUGCCUCGGAUAUUUUUCCCAGCACGACAGCAUCUUCGGGCCCCCCCUCUGCCUCACAGUCCUCCCUGUCGGAGGUCAACAUCCCGCCCUCGCUGGGCGUGUGCCCUCUGGGGCCGGCGCCCCUGUCCAAAGAGCAUCUCUACCAGCAAGCCAUGGAGGAGGCCGUGUGGACGCACAUGCCCCACCCGUCUGACUCGGAGAGGAUCAGGCAGUACCUCAUGAGGAACCCCUGCCCCACCCUGCCUUUCCACCACCAGAUGCCGCCACCCCACUCGGACACCGUGGAGUUCUACCAGAGGCUUUCCACGGAAACGCUCUUCUUUAUUUUCUACUACCUGGAGGGCACCAAGGCUCAGUACUUGGCGGCCAAAGCCCUAAAGAAGCAGUCAUGGAGGUUCCACACCAAAUACAUGAUGUGGUUCCAGAGGCACGAAGAGCCCAAAACCAUCACGGACGAGUUUGAACAGGGAACCUACAUCUACUUUGACUAUGAGAAGUGGGGCCAGCGCAAGAAGGAAGGCUUCACCUUUGAGUACCGCUACCUGGAGGACCGUGACCUCCAGUGACGGCUCGCUGGUGACGAGGAAGGAGCAGACGAGCAGGUUCUACAUUGUCCUCUUGACAUUCAUGGAUUGGCCAAGGAGGAUGCUCUGAGCCUGUCUUUGUUGGCACCCCUAUCACACUUUGUCACGUCACACAAUCCCUCAAGUUUAGAAGCCCAAUUCUGCUUUUGACCCAGAACACCAAAGAUGAUUGGCUGUCAAAAGAACACAGGCUCCGCCCCCUCCUGUUUUUAAACUAGCUUCAGCACCAGUGCAGGACAAUGGUUUGACUUCCUGUUCUGGUUCUGCUUCAACAAGGGCUCGUCUUGCCACCAGGCAGCAUGCACCUACCAGGACUGUGUCCUGUUACGGUCGCCGCGGAGACGCCACAAUAUUUUUUUGUGGCCUGCCAACAUCUGAAUGUUUUUUGAGCUACUGUACUUGAGAAGAAUGUACGUCCUCGUGGCCAUGAAGACACUUUAACGGACGUUCUUGUUGAAAUGUGCACUUGUGUCCUUUCGUGUUCUCGCCGGGUGCAAACAAACAAGCGUGACGCCGCUUGGCUUUUCACCGCCUGCCGUCCUCUCUGACGCCACCUCGAAGUUUCCUUCACGUCUCAGGAAGUGUUUGAUGGUUCUUUGUAGAAACCUCCAGCGUGGCCCUUUUCAUUUCACUAAAGGCUUUUUUAAAACCACAACUUUAAUCCUCCAAUGUUUGGAGCAGCAGCUGGACGAGAGACCAUCUUUAUAUUUUAUAUUUUCUAUUUUGUUAGAGUGUAUAUUUUUUUGGUUUUAACCUCGCAGCAAACAGAGGAAGCGUCUUCUUUUAAGGAACGCCUGACUGACUUUUUAACCUUUUGUUGACGUUUGUGACGCGGCAGGAAAAAGAGGUCAGCGUCAGCCUCUUCUCCUGCCUUCCUUUCUUUUUGUUGCCGGGACAGCACGGAAAAAAUAAAUCAUGACACAGCCACCAAUAAAGGAUUGUAAAAUAUGAAUAAAAUAACUACUUUUCACAAAA